AUGGAAACCUUAACCUUCGAUGGAGGCGUGUCCUUCCCUAACUUCGCCUUUGGCUGUGGCUUCAAUAGCGGCGUCACUUUCAGCGACACCGCGUUGGGGAUGGCCGGCCUUGGCGGCGGCCCGAUCUCCAUCAUAAACCAGCUAAACAACUCCAUAGGGGCAAGAUCAGCUUCGGCAGCAGCCGGGCCUAAAGUCGUCUCCACACCACUAGUAAGGAAAGAACCAGACACAUACUACUACCUCACAUUGGAAGGACUCAGCGUUGGGAUGGAGAGGAUCGCCGCCAACGCUGAGUUGCUACCCUCGUUGGACUCCAACGAGGGAAACAUGAUCAUUGACACAGGGACAACACUGUCGUUCGUCCCUGAUGAGAUGUACGACAGGGUGGACGCGAUGCUCAAUGGUGCGGUCAAGGGUGAGCGCGUAGAGGAAAGGCCGUUCAGGAUGUGCUAUAAGAAGGGGGAUGGGUUCUGGUCACCAGCGAUCACAGCUCAUUUCAAGAAUGCAGACUUGGUUUUGGAACAAGAGAGUAUUUUUUUGGAGGUGGAGAAAGGGAUUGUUUGUUUGACGCUGAUGCCAUCGGAGGGGUAUUUGGGUAUCUUUGGGAAUUUGCAUCAGGUGAAUUAUCGGAUUGGGUAUGAUCUUGUCAAGGGACAAGUGAGCUUUCUGCCUACAUAUUGCACCAAUCCACAAUGA